AUGAAAAAAUUCAUUGGGAUUUUGAUGUUGAUGGGAAUAAUCAGAAAACCAGAUAUUGAGAUGUACUGGUCUACAGAUCCCAUGUAUGAAACACCUAUUUUUGCAACUAUCAUGAAACGUAACCGAUUCUCUUUGCUGCUGAAAUUCUUUCAUUUGAAUGACAACAGCAAUGAGCCAGAUAAGAAAGAUCCAAACUGUGACCACUUGUUCAAGUUACGUCCUUUGAUUGACCAUUUAUUUGAAACAUUUCAGUUGCCCUACGUACCACGCCUGUCAGUUGCAGUUGAUGAAAGUUUAUUGUUGUGGAAGAGCCGCUUACAGUUUCAACAGUAUCUACCAUUGAAAAGGGCACGGUUUGGUAUCAAGAUGUUUUGCUUACCUGAGAAUUCAGGUUACAUUUAUAGAUUUCGUGUAUACGCUGGCAAAGAGGAUCCUAUGAGUAGUAUUUCAGCAGUGUUGCCAGACGAAUGUAAGGACUUUGGACUUUCAGAGAAAAUUGUUGUGUACCUUGCCCUACCACUAUUGGACAAUGGGUACACCAUUUGGAUGGAUAACUGGUACUCCAGUUGUAGGCUGUUCCAUUACUUUCAUCAUCGUAAAACUACAGCAUACGGCACAAUUUGUUCUAACAGGGUCCCUCCAGAAGUUUGCAAUUCAGCGCCAGCACCGGGUCAGCACAUUGCAUACCGCAGUGGCCCAUUGCUGGGCCUGAAAUUUCGAGACAAGAAAGAUGUUCACAUGCUAACAACUCAGCACAAUGAGUCUGUGCAGGAGGCUCCCCGCAGAAGAGGACGCCCAUCACCUACUGAUGUCCGUUACAAGCCACAAUGCAUCAUUGAAUAUAACAGGAACAUGGGUGCUGUUGACAAGCAGGACCAAGUAUUGGAACCCUAUUCAGCUGCAAGAAAAACUAUGAAGUGGUAUAAAAAGUUAUCAGUUCAUCUGCUCCAAAUGGCAAUGCUGAAUGCUCACAUUCUAUACCAGAGAAAUGGAGGCACAAAAACAUUUCUGCAGUUUGAACAUGACGUCAUUGCAGACUUCAUGUUCUCUGGUGAGGAACAACAUGCAGAUAGAGUAGAAGCAGUGGUGAGGCUCACAGAAUGUCACUUUCCGGACAAACUUGAACCAACAACAACUUGGACCAAGCCACAGGCACGCUGUCGUGUAUGUUCAAAGAAGGGUCGACGUAGAGACGUCAAGACCUUCUGCUCAAAGUGUCCCAGCAAUCCAGGACUUUGUGCAGUUCCCUACUUUGGCCUGUGGCACAGCAAACUCAAGUACUGGGAAUGA